AUGGCAGACGAAACGGCGAUCUUCCUACCGGAGUUCACAAAAAUAGCAGACAAUAUCCGUGGUGCGGAGGGGCCAGUAUUUGACACAGAUGGAAACUUUUACAUGGUUGAACCAGAAGCAGAAAAAGAUGGAAAAUUUGCUGGUCGGGUGUUGAAAGUAGAUUUGUCAACAGGAAAGGUUGAGAUCCUAUGUGAGCCUAGCAUUAAUGGAGAUGGAGGAAUUCCUGCAGGCUGUCAGUGUGAUAAAAACAAUGUGAUUUGGAUAGCAGAUAUGAGACUAGGAAUUAUCAAAGUCACCAAGGAUGGGCAAUUUCGACAGGUAUGCAAAACUGACAAAGAAAACAACACUAUGCAGGGAUGCAAUGACUGUAGCUUUGAUUACAGUGGAAACUUGUGGGUGACUGCUCCAGCUGGGGAAAUAGCUCCUCUACCUUACAGAAGGUCUAUGGAGGAGGCCUUUGGAUCAGUGUACUGUUUGACAAAGGAAGAAGAGGUGAUUAAGGUUGACACUGGAAUACGUUUCCCUAAUGGAAUAGCGGUUAAACACUCAGAAGAUGGACGACCUACACUGCUUAUUGUUGCUGAGACACCUACCAAGUCUCUAUGGGGAUACAACAUAGAAGGUCCAGGCAAAGUAUCCAAAAAAGUCCUCUGGGGAAAACUGCCAGGUGACCUUGAGGGUGGACCAGAUGGGAUGGACUUUGAUGAGGAGGGUAAUUUAUUGGUGGCCCAUUGGGGAUCCUCCCAUAUUGAAGUGUUCAGUCCUGAAGGAGGGAGUCCCAAGACCAGGAUCAAAUGCCCUUUUGCCAACCCUAGCAAUAUCCAUUUUCAGCCAACCUCUAGCACUGUAUAUGUUACAGAGCACGAGUUUCAUGGUCUGUGGAAGUUUGAAUGGAAACAUAAAGGAAUGCCACAAUUCUGUGAUACUUCAUUUUAACUACUAAUAUAGAAUUUUUAUAGGUUGUGUUAGGUCAUAUUCCAGUAUGCUAGGUAUAUUUAAAAGAAAUUGAUUUACACGAUAUUAAGUUGUAAUUGCAAUCUAUUUACAAAUAUUUUUGAUGUUGAUUCUUGGUGAAUUAUGUCAACCAAUAUUGAUGAUUGUGGUAUUUACAUGAAUUGAAGAAUAGUACAUGUUAUAUUAUAUCUUUAACACACUUAAUUGAAAUGUUAUUUAAAGGAGCCAUGAAUUACUUGCUAAUUAAUUGCUAUUUAAGAGUUAUGAGAAUGGUCCACAGAAAGAAUUAUUUCUCAAUA